UAAUAAUAAUAAUAAUAAUAAUAAUAAUAACAACAACAACAUCAAAAAUACCUCAGGGAUGAGAACACAGAUACGACAUUUCCCUAAGACCCCUGAUGAAGGCUGCAGCGUGUAUCAGCCGAAACGUUGCGUUAACAACAAAGGAGAUGAGGACAAAUAUCCGUCAAAUAUUAAAAAAAUGUAAAUAACGUACAUAAUUCCCUUCUCCUAAAUAUAGAUCAGAAAAUUCUUUUGAUACGUAUAUAAUAAUGCGCCCACCUACGUCAUACACCGUAUAUAUGAACAUACAUAUUUUCAAUGUCCUAAUUAUAUUGAUUGAAAAUAGAAUUACUGUUUAAAAAAUAAAUAAUCUAACAUAAAAAAAAACACAUACAUCCGUAGAACUAUAUAGAAUAGCAACAACAUAAAAACAAACCCUCAUACGUCACAAAUAACGAAUGCUUACAUCGUUUUAGAAACUAAAGCUGCAAAAUUUGAUUAGUCUUCCCUUGCAUGUAUUAAAUCCUUACAUGAGCAUAUUUUCCACUAAACAGGAUUCAAUCAAGAUGAAAACCAUCUUUCUUUUGUUAGCUCUUUUUGUUAUUGGGAUCACAGCGGAUGGUAGCUGCCCCGAAAAAGCCAAGGAUAUGUGCUCAAAAUCUAUGGAUAUGUCACCCGAGGAAGACGACGAGAAUUCGUACUGCAAGCGUGUUGAAUAUUUUUCUUCCUGUUUAGCAAAAGUAAACCAUGGCUGUUCGGAUUACUUCGAUAGGAUUUAUGUACUACUCUGCCAAGGGAAUUCGACCGAUAGCCUGCAUGGCAUAAUGAAAUCUCACAUCAUCAUAUUAAUGGUAUCUAUUAUAUCUGCGUUGGUGUGAAGAAAGAGAAAUUCAACUAAGAAAAUAUUUGACGUCAGGUUCCAGUCAGUAAUUCGUCUAGAGACUGUCUCUAUGCAGUAUAUUCUGAAUACAUGCAGAAAUAAAUAUUUCUUGAUGCAAUUGCUUA